AUGUCAUUAAAUAUUACAACCAGAAUUUCAUCCAGACUGUUGUGUAACAGUAGCCAAUCAUAUAAUGCAAGAUAUCUGUGUUCAAUCAAUGAUCCAUCACCAUUUAUAAAGAAGGGCCAGUCGUCCAACAAGUCAGAGAUCAAGGAUAAUAAUGAUAAUGUACAGAUAAAGGAUUCAUUCAGAUCACAGACAAAGGAAACACCAUCCCGUCAGAGCAGUAAGGUUGCUCACUUUUCAACAUUCGACUUUGGUCCCAAGGUAAAGACCGCCUCAAACAACAACAACCUUGUUGUGGAUGAUGCC